AUGGUUACAUUAACUCAUUCAUCUAGAUACCGCUUUGCCUGGGGCCAGGACGCGUUAGGUCCACAUGUUCCCGUUGGAGGUAAGAUGGGAGCGCAAGAGAAUCCAGAGCUUCACACCUGGGAUGGUGAAUAUAGAGGGACCCCAGAAAAAGGAGACAAAUUGAUUCCCGAUUUCUUCUAUCGCACACCAACUAUGGGCACCACUUACAUUGAUAGAUGUGUCACCUACUUUAUCUCCGCUUUACUCUGUGGUUGGGUCACUUAUCACAUGUACUAUCACUCUGGACAUCUAUUCGGACAUUGGUACAUGCCAUACCUAUACGAGUUCUCCGAUGAAGAACUUGGAAUUCCCCCAGAUUCAGCACCUGAUCCAGAAUACUGGGGAAAUCAUGGCAAGAAAUAUGGAACCUAUCGUUAA